AUGGAUGUCAAAUUUGAGCCCAGAGCGAGCACCAUAGAGGCUGUAUGGGAGUCGCAGACGUUGAGAGAUUCUAACUCAGAGAGUGUGGUUUCCGACAUUGCCUCUUUUGGGGCUACGUCAGCCACCUUAGAUGUUGCCCCAGGUGCUCCAACAGAAACUUUACUUCUAUCCGAUACGCCGGCAUUGAAAGCCAAGUCAUCUCUGUUUGAAGAAAAUAAUGAAUAUUCCAACAAUGUCGACACAAAUAUACCUAUUGGGGAUUCGAUGAGCGCUGAGCCGAAUCCCUCUACGCUAUUACAGCGUAUGCAUGAUGCACCAUCCAUACACAAUACCACACAGCCCAACGAACAGCCCGAGAGCAUCACCCCCCUACUUGCUGUGGGGACACUGGCAAAAGAAGGAUAUUCAUUUCGAGAGGUUGAGCUGCUGGAAACAAAUCACUGGAUCCGCAGCCAGACUCACCAUGACAGCUCCAAUGUCCAAAUUUAUGUUGAUCCAAGGUUGACCCAUCGAAACAAUAUACAGCGCUCAAUCAGAGAUUUGAGAGCUGCUUUCAAGGUGUUGAUGUCCAAGAUAGACCCUUCGCCUGAGGCUUGGGAAGGACGGAGGAAUGCAACCAAUCCAGAUACACUGUCCAAUGGUGAAGACGAUGAAUCAUUGUGGUACAUAUUCAACACUCUGCAAGAUCCAAAUCCGCAUGUGGAUUGUGUGAAAGAUGGCCCGUCGCGCAAAGCCAUGUCAUACCUGUUGUCAAAUGAGGAUUUCUCGGAAUAUGGUCUCAAAACUUCUCUCUAUCCAUACCAGCGGCGUUCAGCCGCUAUGAUGGUCCAGCGAGAGGUGCAACCGGCACGAAUGCUGGACCCGCGUCUGCAAGCUUGUGCCGGCCCAACAGGCCUCGAGUAUUACUAUGACAAAGAAGAUGGAUGGAUUACUCUUGAAAAGUACAUGUAUGAUGAGGCUGUUGGAGGUAUUCUUGCAGAAACCAUGGGCUGCGGCAAAACUUUGAUCUGCCUUGCCGUUAUCUGGGCUACUCGAGGGCAUUUCCCCAAGAUUCCUAUUGAGUAUUUGCCUGGGAUACCCGUGCGAGAAAAGACUGGUUCUCUCAUGGAAAUGGCGGCGGCUUCAGCCGGUCGAAGAUCCUUGCCUUGGAAGGCCCAUUUCAUUGAGACAGAGCAAGAUGGCAAAGUCUACAGUCGGUGUGUCAAGGCUUGUGAGUCAAAUAGCGGGUUCUAUGAGAUUCCUCCACCUGUGACGAGACAUCAAGUUCGACUGAGCACGACAUUCACACGCCCUCCGCCAAAGCGCAUUCACCUCUGCUCCGGGACACUCGUGGUCGCCCCCAAUAACUUGGUAGACCACUGGAUACGCGAGAUCAGCAUCCAUACCGAAGGUCUCAAAAUCCGGGUUCUGCGACAAGGGUCUGAUAAAACACCGUCAGCAGACGAGCUCCUCGAAUUCGACAUUGUGGUCUUCUCGAAAACACGUUUCGAACGAGAAGUGGGCGAGCCUGUCAACAACCGACGCAAGACAUUUGUCCAGGUUGACUCACCACUGACCGAGCUCCACUGGCUUCGCGUGAUUGUUGAUGAAGGGCACAAUGUUGCAGGCCAUGGCUCGAAAACGAACAUGAUCCAUAUGCUCAGUCAGCUACAUUUUGAGCGUCGCUGGGUUAUUUCGGGAACUCCGUCUGACAAUCUUAUCGGGCUCGAAGUCAGCCUUGCUUCUCAAGAGGCUUAUACCAGUGAUACGGAGUCUCCUGAAGAGAUCGCUGCAGCUGUACUCCAAGGCCGCAAGAAGACGGGGAAUGCGGGCGAGAGAGAGUUGAAAGAUCUGGAUAGACUCCGACGGAUGGUGAUUGAGUUCCUGGAUUUAAAGCCCUGGUCAAAUUGCCCUGCCGACUGGACAAAGUACAUCAAGCCCAAGGGCCAAGAUGGUACCCGGCGAAAGUCUCCAGCAAUACGCGCCACCCUUCAGGGCCUUGUGGUGAGACAUCAGGAUGACACUGUCAGCCGGGAGAUUACCCUUCCCAAGCUCUACAAUAAGACGGUCCAUCUGGAACCAACUUUCCACGAUCGGUUGUCCAUCAACUUGUUCCUCUUCGGUCUUGCUGUUAACGCGAUUACAUCCGAGCGCCAGGGCCAAGAUUACAUCUUCGACCCUAGCAACCGCAGGCAUCUCAACCAGACCAUUACCAAUUUGCGCCAAGCUGGAUUCUGGUGGGCAGGAUCGGAAACGGACCCGCAGGAAACCAUCAGCCAUGCGGUUAAGUACAUGGACGCCAAUCGGGAGAAGAUGACGCCUGCGGAUGCUGAACAAUUGAGCCGCGGGAUGGAGAUUGCCCGCCUUGCGCUGGAAUGCAGCAGCUGGCGCGAAUUCAAGCAGCUGCAUGAGCUUGGGGUCUUCAUCAAGGAGUUCCCCGCAGACCAUAAAACCCACUGGGCGCUCGACCGCGGCAAUCCGGACCGAGAGCCAUUGCUUAUGGGAAUCACACAGGCUCGCCAUGCUCAACAGUUUGUUACAGAUCAUCUUCGGUCACAGGAUCCCUCUGAUGGGCUCUCUUCAAGGGGGCUCAGAGUUAGAUUCGAACUUCAGAAACGCGAUAAAGGGGCUACUACUACGAAAGGUGCUCCAGAGUCGUCCAACGGCUCCACCACUGGCCAAAUGAGCCAUGGCGCUAAACCCAAGAGCAACAAGUCCCCCAAGAAGUCUUAUUCUCGCAAAAUCCUCAAAAGUCUUCCUGAAGACUCCCCUCUCAUGAGAACUCACUUCAUCGCCACUGCCUCGGCAAAGCUCACAUACCUGUUGAACCGGGUGUGGGAGCUCCAAACACAGGAAAAGAUCAUCAUCUUCUACGACAAUCCCAACACCGCAUUCUGGAUCGCCGAAGGCCUGGAACUCCUUGGUGUGGAGUUCCGCAUCUACGCGAGCACACUGAAGACCGACCUCCGCGAAGAGUACCUGAACCUGUUCCGUGAAACCAACGAAGUGCGUGUUCUGCUCAUGGACCUUCGCCAAGCCUCCCACGGUCUUCAUCUCGUACAAGCCUCUCGAGUAUUCAUCGUCAACCCCAUUUGGCAACCCACCGUCGAAAGCCAAGCCAUCAAACGUGCCCACCGUCUCGGGCAGACAAAACCGGUCUACGUUGAGACACUCGUUCUUCGGGAUACUCUAGAAGACCGCAUGCUUCGCAGACGAAAGGAAAUGUCCGAGGCUGAGAUGCAGAACGCAGAAAAAAGUCUACUCGAUGAUCAUGCCAUGAGUGAUAUUAUACAGCGGGAGCCUUUCUUGUCCAUGCCUGCUGAAGGAGAUGCCGAAAUGGCGCUUUUGAAGUAUGCCACGGGCUUCUUCGAUAAACAUUCCCUGCCAAUUCCCGAUGAGGAAGCUGCGCGAAAACCAGAUCUAGUCAAGCGGGUCCGACAGACUGUGGAGUCUGAUGCUGAUUCCGAUGCUUUCCCUCCUGCAAGUCCCACACCGAAGAGACCGCGCAUAGGAUUUGCAUCUUCUGUUCAGGUCAUUGAAGAUGUACCUUCCGGGCCUGUACCAGAGGGCUCCCCAAAGCCCAGGCGGGUGUCAUUGUUUAACCCGGGAGUCUGA